AUGUCUAACAUGAAAUCCCUACGGUCUCCAAACACGACCGCGCUGCUCCGCUACCUCUAUUCCGACGUCAGGCGGAUAUCCGACGUAGCAUCGCCCGACAUCAUUCUCCACCCGGCCGACCGGCGCGUCUCGGCAUCUAGGGUUGUCGAUGGCGCGGCUGGCCGGCCGCCGCUCGUAGGGCUGGCCGCCGCGCAGGCCCACGAAGACGCCCUCGUUGCGGCCACGCGCGGCACGCUGCGCAUGGACGUGCAGGGCAUGAUCGCUGACGCGCACUUUGGCGCCGUCCUCGGCGUGCUACGCGCCACCAGGCAGGGCUGCGACGACCUCGCGGUUCCAUUUUGCGGCGUGUGGCGGUUCGUGGACGGCUGGGCGGUGGAGCAUUGGGAGAAUGCGGCGGACCCGGCCGCGCUCGCGAGGUGGCUGCAGCAGGAGCCGACCGGGAAUGGUCUGAGUUGA